CGAUAAACACAACAGAACCAGCGCAGCAACCAAAGAAGAAGAAGAAGAACAAGAACAAGAAGAAGAAGGAAUUCCUGGAAAACGCAGUUAUCUAAUUAUCUCAGGAAUAUGGCGAUGCGUGACCUUAUAACUGGUUCAACGGCAUGUCCUGACCCAUCUUCAUCUUCUUCCUCAACUAACCCUCUUAAUGCUCUCGCCAACGCCCUUAUUGGCUCUUACUCUAUUAAGACUCAGGAGAGGUUGCAGGAGAUUCCUACAUCCACUCCAACUGGUCCUCCCUUUCAACAAUUUUACUCCGAGACUCCAUCUCAGCUUCCUGGCUCUGAACUCGAUAAGCCAUUUCUUGAUUCUAAUUCUCAGGGGUCGGAGUUUUUGCAUAGGUUCCGGUCUGCGGGUGGUGGUGAUGGUGCGGUUGGGCUUGAGGAUACGUGGGAUGAGAUACAGCGUGAGGGUGGAGUUAGCCAUACUCCAAUUCCUCAACUUAGGGGACCAGUUCCCCAGCUUCAUCAACCAACAUUGGACGGGACACCACAAAGAGUUCUAUCUAGCUUUUUGCACUCAUUUCUUGAUAGCAGUCGUGGUGGAAUACCUUUUCAUCCUGCUCCUCUCCCAUCACUGGGUUUAUCUGAAGGUGAUAAACAAUGCAUACGUGACCGUAGUAGCAUAAUGGCCAGACAUCUCUUUGCAGAUAAAAGCGAAGAAUUUAUCGAUGCCCAAGUAAAUGCACUUCUAUGCUCUCUAGAUAUUGAUAGCAAUGCUCAUGCUAAGGAACGUAUGCCUGAAAGAUUUCGGGAGCUUGAGGAUUACUGGAAUGAGUCUCAGGGCAACACGAGACUUGGUGCUCGUGCUUCAGAUGGAUGGAUUGCUGAAUAUGGUCAACAUAGGGAAAAACAUGAUAAUCCUGAUUCUUGGGCUAACUCAUUUGAGCAGCAGUAUGGUGUAAAUGGUUGGGUCUCUGAAUUUGAACAUUCUCAAUUGUCAUCUGUUGAUCAAAUGCGAGGUACGAACAUGUCAAACUUUGCUGCAAUGGAGCAGACUCGUAUGCUUGCAAAUACAUUGGCCCAAAAUGGUGACCCUAAAUUUCAGAACUCAAAGUUUCUUCAGUUUGUAUCAAAGAUGAGUCGUGGUGAAUUGAUUAUUGAUGACAAUCAAGUUAAAGAGAGUGCAUUACCUGCUUCUGGAGAUUGGGCAGCAGAAUACCAGCAGCAAUAUAAUCAUGGCCAUGCAUGGGCUGGUGAAUUUUUAAAUGAUAAGGUUUCUCAUGGACCUGAUCAGUGGGCGAAUGAAUUUACAACUGAAAGACAGCAGCAUGGAUUGGUUGAUGAUCAGUGGGUUAAUCAAUUCUCAAAGUUGCAUGUUAAUGACUGGGCAGAGGAAUUUGGUCAGCAAAUUGGUGAAGGAGCCUUCGGGGAGAACUCUUCUGAUAGUUGGGCACAUGCAUACGAUGAGUUCCUAAAUGAGCAAGUUGCUGCCAAGCAGCAGUUAGAUAGUUCAAGGGGCGUGUAUGUUUUCUCAGAUUUAAAUCCUUAUGUUGGCCAUCUGAAUCCACUAAAAGAAGGCCAAGACCUAUUCAGGAAAGGACUUUUAAGUGAAGCCGUUCUAGCAUUAGAAGCUGAAGUUUUGAAAAACCCUGAAAAUGCUGAAGGGUGGAGACUGCUUGGAAUAGCACAUGCAGAGAAUGAUGAUGAUCAACAGGCCAUUGCAGCAAUGAUGCGUGCACAGGAAGCUGAUUCCACAAACCUGGAAGUGCUUCUUGCUCUUGGUGUUAGUCAUACCAAUGAACUGGAGCAAACAGCUGCUCUGAAGUAUCUAUACGGAUGGCUACGCCAUCACCCGAAGUAUGGGGCACUUGCCCCGCCUGAGAUGUCUAAUUCUUUGUACUAUGCAGAUGUUGCUAGAUUAUUCAAUGAAGCAGCUGAAAUCUCGCCAGAUGAUGCUGAUGUCCACAUAGUUCUUGGGGUCCUGUACAACUUAUCCAGAGAAUAUGACAGAGCCAUUGCAUCUUUUCAAAGAGCGUUGAAACUUAAGCCGCAGGAUUACUCUCUCUGGAACAAGCUUGGUGCGACACAAGCAAACAGUGUUCAAAGUGCAGAUGCAAUAAUGGCUUAUCAACAGGCACUAGAUUUAAAACCUAAUUAUGUUCGAGCUUGGGCAAAUAUGGGUAUCAGUUAUGCAAAUCAGGGCUUAUAUGAAGAAUCCAUUCGUUAUUACGUUCGAGCACUUGCAAUGAAUCCAAAAGCAGAGAAUGCAUGGCAAUAUUUGAGAAUUUCAUUGAGCUGUGCUUCCAGGAAUGACUUGUUCGAAGCUUGCGAUAGUCGCAAUCUGGAUCUUCUCCAGAAGGAGUUUCCACUACAGGGAGCUGAAAGACUGGUCAAGUGACUAAGCCUGCACGUGUAUAGGAGGGAUUGUUCCAUUAAUCUUUCAACAUAUGGUGUAUAUCAUGAAAGUACAUCAACCUACAUUCGAUUUUGAUACAGUUACACACUCCAUUUCUGAAUGAUACAAAAGCUAUUUGUCAUAGGAAAGCUGCAUUACUGAAGUUUUUUUAUUAUAAAGUUGGGCAUAUUGUGUAUCUAGGUAUAUAACUAAACAAGAUUC